CAGGUGGGCCCGCGUAUGGCUCGCCGGCCCGUUCUUUUUCAGCCGCCCGCGCCGCACAAUCCUCCCUCUCCGCCGCCGCGCCAGCGGCUCCUCCGGCCAACGAUCGCGCCGACAUGCUCCCCCAUUCCGCCGGCACUUUUCGGAUGCCUCCUCUAGCGGCGGGCCGGCAAGAAUCGGCGGCGGCACACCGAUGCGACAUCAGCAACCACCAACGGUCUACAGGGAGGCUCUCUGCGGUGUGAUCCGUGGCGGCGCAGCCCUGGCCCAGCACACCGAGGCGAUCCUAGAGGUGGCGGGUUCGGCUCAUAGCAUCCUGCAGCAGCAACUCGACGCGGCCGGGAGAUCAAAAUUCGGGUGCCAGAGAAGUUGGCGGGAUGCUCACAAGUCACAAGGCCGGGCUAAUGCACGCCCCCGGCCCAUGCCCGUAUCUUGAAGCUCGAGGUUGCCAGAAAGCUCUCUGACCGUUGCAUGGAGGUCGAGAGGGACCUGCCCCUUGCACUCGAGAUGCUCCCUUGCGACAUCGAGCAGCAGCUCGCUCAGGCAUUUCAUGAGUAGAUAGAAGGUAUUGGAAGUCUUGUCUUCCUCCACAGAACCCGUAGAUCUUCCAUAUAAAGUGGAUAUUGCAUAUCAUUCUAGAGUGGUCACUUCACCAUCAAGUUCGUCAGAAUCAGAUGACGUGCUCAAGCAUGUGCCAUCAAUCCCUGAACAGCUAAAGGACUGGGAGCAUGGUCUGACGGAAACAGAUGCAGAUGGGUCUUUCUAGCUAGCACGAGCAUUGGAACUCUGAUCUAAGUCUUUUCAAUAGCGCUGCUUCUGAUCCAAGCAGAGUUGGAGAUAUACUACGUCUGCCAGGCGACACACUAGAAGCUCUCCAGUCUUUGAACUUGAUAAAGUCCCACAUGAAAAAGGUCUUCCAGGGCCGCAUGAAAGGCAACCACCGCCAGAACACCUCAACGCAAGACUUACAUCAUCAAUCAACAUGCGGGUGGUGGCUAGAUAUUUACACCCAAGCACCCCCGUUGGGGGGAAGAGCAAGUUGGGGGAGGUCACAUUCAAAGGUCCAUGUUAAUCUUGGAGGCCAAAGUGGCCUCGCUCGUGGCGCGAGGAUCCUGAUCCACCUCUCUGACCGGCUGAAGGACUUGGCUGCGACGGUGCUGCUGAUGAUAGCGCCGCCACCAGCCCGACGUGCAUAUCAAGUUUGACUGGAACGAGCUGACGGCGAUCUGGGGGCAGAUGGCAGGGUGAAGGAAGAUCAACCGGAGAGUUUUUUGCUUGGAAGAAGCUAGCUGCUGGUGGGCUUCGCGGUGGUGACAGGGGCGAGGGCGAGGUGGUGACAGGGUGAAGGAAGGAAGGAAGGAAGAGAUUGGAUUUGCAAUACAAAGGGAUGGAUCUGUUUGGUGCACAGCACAGCACUUGCUACCAAGAGGCCGAGAAAGAGGACCACGGCACUACCAGGAUACACACUACGUUUGUAUGCUUGUCCAGGAUACACACUAGGACUAUGACUUGGAUGGAUGGGUCAAACCAGAGGGCGAAUAUUAUGCUCCAGCGCGUGAUGACGAGCAGGGCAGAGCAUGCAGUCCGCGGUUUCCCACUCACAGGCAUGACGAGGCCCGCCUUUGCGCUCCUCCUCCUCGUGCUGGCGGCGGCCACCACGGUGACGGCGGCGCCCUUGCAGGCCGACGCUCUUCUGGCAUGGAAGGCCAGCCUCGCCGCCUCGCCCGCGCUGUCCAGCUGGACCAACGCAACGCCGGUCUCGGUCUGCUCCUCCUGGCGCGGCGUGGCCUGCGAUGCCGCCGGCCGCGUCACCUCGCUCAAGCUCCGGGGGCUCGGCCUCAACGGCACGCUUGACGCGCUCGAUGUCGCCGCGCUACCAGCCCUCGCCGUGCUCGACCUCAACGAUAACAACAUCGGCGGCACCAUCCCCACGAGCCUCUCGCGGCUGCGCUCCCUCGCCGCGCUCGACCUCGGCAGCAACUCGUUGAGUGGCUCCAUCCCGCCACAGCUCGGCGACCUCUCCGGCCUCGUCGACCUCCGCCUCUACAACAACAACCUCACCGGCGACAUCCCGCAUCAGCUCAGCAGGCUCCCCAGGAUCGCGCACCUCGACCUCGGCUCCAACUACCUCACCAACCAGCAGGACUACCGCAGGUUCACGCCCAUGCCCACCGUCACCUUCCUCUCGCUGUACCUGAACUACCUCAACGGCAGUUUCCCGGAGUUCAUCCUCAAAAGCGGCAACAUCACCUACCUCGACCUGUCGCAGAACACUCUCUCUGGACCAAUACCGGACUCGCUGCCGGAGAACCUCCCCAACCUCAUGUACCUCAACCUGUCCAUCAAUGCCUUCUCCGGGCGGAUACCAACGUCGCUGUCGAAGCUGUCGAAGCUCCAGGACCUGCGGGUUAGCAACAACAAUCUGACGGGUGGAAUCCCCGAGUUCCUUGGUUCCAUGUCCCAGCUGAGGGGUCUUGAACUCGGCAGCAACCCGCUCGGCGGAUCGAUCCCGCCAGUUCUCGGCCGGCUCGAAAUGCUACAGCGCCUUGACAUCAUGAACGCCGGGUUGGUUUCCACUAUUCCACCCGAGUUGGGCAAUCUUGGCAAUGUCAAUUCCAUGGAACUAGACAUGAACCAGCUCACCGGUGUCCUGCCGCCGGAGUUGUCCGGGAUGCGCCAGAUGCGUGAAUUUGGCAUACCAUCGAACAAACUCACCGGUCAUAUUCCACCGGCUUUAUUUACGAGCUGGCCAGAGCUCAUAUCAUUCCAAGUGCAGAACAACUCGUUUUCAGGGAGGAUCCCACCGGAGCUCGGCAAGGCAGCCAAGCUGAAAAUCCUGUAUCUCUUCAGCAACAAUCUUGUCGGCUCUAUCCCUGCAGAGCUGGGCAAGCUAGUGAGACUGGAACAGUUGGAUUUGUCGGUCAACUCUCUCACGGGACCGAUCCCCAGCUUGCUCGGGAAUCUCAAGCAUCUCAUGAGGUUGGCGCUCUUCUUCAACCGGCUCACUGGCAUGAUCCCACUGGAGAUCGGCAACAUGACGGCAUUGCAAGUCUUGGACCUCAACACCAACAGUUUGGAAGGUGAGCUGCCCGCCACCAUCACAUCGCUCAGGAAUCUCCAAUACCUUGCCCUGUUUGACAACAACUUCAAUGGUACCAUACCGCCGGACCUCGGGAAGGGGCUGAUCUUAACCGAUGUGAGUUUCGCGAACAACAGCUUCUCUGGUGAGCUGCCGCAGAGACUGUGUGAUGGCCUCAUGCUGCAGAACUUCACGGCAAACCACAACAACUUCAGUGGCAGUCUGCCAUCAUGCCUCAAGAAUUGCACAUGGCUGUUCCAGGUGCGGCUGGAAGGCAACCAAUUCACCGGCGACAUCUCUGAGGUGUUCGGCGUCCAUCCCGGCUUGGACUACUUGGAUGUAUCAGGGAAUCAGCUGACUGGGAAGUUGUCGUCUGACUGGUCACAGUGCACCAAUCUUACACGCUUACACAUGAACGGUAAUCAAAUAUCUGGCAAUAUCCAUGCAUCCUUCUGCCGAUUGACCUCUCUCCAGUCUCUGGAUCUAUCAAAUAACCAAUUCACUGGGGAGCUCCCAAGUUGUUGGUGGGAAUUCAAACUUAUGAUUGUUAUGGAUUUGUCCAACAACGGCUUUUCGGGUGAACUUCCUAUGUCAACAAGCUUGGCCCUUGAACUCCAGUCACUUCGUCUUGCUAACAAUAGCUUUCUUGGAGUUUUUCCAUCUAUAAUUGAAACCUGCAGAAAUCUCGUCAUCCUAGAUCUUGGGAACAACAAGUUCUUCGGUGAUAUCCCCUCUUGGGUUGGAAGGAGUGUUCCUCUUCUAACAGUUCUGAGCCUCCCAUCCAACAAUUUCAGUGGUGUUGUUCCACCCGAGUUAUCCAAACUUUCUUAUCUGCAAGUACUGGACCUGUCCAGCAACUCCUUCUCAGGUGAGAUCCUCACGGCCAUGCCAAACCACAAUUGCUCUCUCGAGUCGUUUCAUCUCGCCGGCAAUGACUUCGUGGGCGUCUUCCCACCGUUCCUACGAGGCUGCAACUCCCUGGCCACCCUGGACAUUGGGAACAACCGGUUCUUUGGUGGUAUCCCCACAUGGAUCGGGAGUCAGCUUCCAUCACUGAAAAUCCUUAGACUCAGAUCAAACAAUUUCACAGGAGAAAUCCCCACGGAGUUAUCAAGGCUUUCACAACUUCAGCUGCUUGAUUUGGCCAACAAUAGCUUGAUAGGAUCAAUUCCGGUUGCCUUUGGCAACUUGACCUCCAUGAGGCAUAAUGUUCCCCCAUUGGUCCGACCGAGGCCAGUUUCCGCUCCUUUGCAGAUUAUGCCCAAUGGCCAAGGCCAACUGCGAGUGGAUGAGUUUCCAGCCAGAGUCAACAUAUCAUGGAAGGGCCAUGAGCAAACUUUUCAGAAAAGCAUCGGGUUAAUAACAGGUAUUGAUCUAUCAAGCAACCAACUUACAGAGAGCAUCCCUGAAGAGCUAACAUACCUCAAAGGUCUCCGGUUUCUGAACUUGUCCAGAAAUGAUCUAUCAGGCAGUAUUCCAGAAAAAAUCGGAAGGUUGGAGCUCCUGGAUUUCCUUGACCUCUCAUGCAAUGAACUCUCAGGCACUAUUCCUCCUAGCAUUUCAAAUCUGCGGUCCCUCGGUGUGCUAAACCUCUCUAACAACCACUUAUGGGGCCGCAUACCCACUGGAGAUCAGUUACAGACGCUCGUGGAUCCAUCGAUUUAUGGCAGUAAUCCAGGGCUCUGUGGCUUCCCGUUGUUGAACGUGUGUGAGCCUACAUUGGACCAGGGAGCUGAAGUCCGCAAAGAAAUCGGAGACCUGGGGCUAUGGUACUCUGUAAUUCUUGGCAUUGUUUUCGGUUUUUGGCUUUGGUUUGGAGCUCUGUUCUUCCUCGAGCCAUGGAGAUUUUCCUUUCUCUGUUUUGUUGAUGGCUUAGGUAGUAAGAUAGAUGCCAGGCUUUAUUAUGCUCACAUGUGGUAAAUCAGCAGCGAUGUCAAAUAGCGUCAAUUAUGUAUGUUCCUUUUUAGAAAUAUUUGUAAGACUGUACUUAUACCGAAUUAUAUACUAUGGUAGUAAAGUGAAAUAAUUGGUCUGUUAAUACAGAUGCAGCUUUGUUA